GCUAGCUGCCGAUAGCUGCUUGAUUCUUCAUAAGGCCAGAUACCCUCUCGAACCAAGCACUGCUACUCCACAGUUCCCUCUCAACAUACCCAACCGCUGCUACCGCCCGACCUUUGGCCUGUCGUUACCCCGUGCUGGCGAAUAUCGAUCGGUGUACAGUCAUUGUUACUAUAUCGAGGACUCUACGGUUCUGCCCGACACGCCUUUGAACCCUGCAGCAUUCGACCUAGCAACAUGGCUUUCCACCAACCCACUCGACAGUCAUAUCAGAGGCUAUCCCGGCCCGAGACUUCGGAGAGAGAGCCUCAAGCUCAGGCGCCAUCGAUUCGCCUGGGCAAUGACGAGUCGCAAACAUGGGUGCUCUUCUCUCCGGCCACCGACGCCGUCACUACCACAUCGUACCUCAGUUCUGUGGACGGGUCGCAGCCAACACCCGGUCGGUCAGUCCUAAGCGAUCUCGGGAGUCUCAAUACUAUUGCCCGCUCAGACCGGAACUCUGCGGCGCAGAACUCAGCUGGCCCGCCCCAGUCAAUAGUUGAGGUUGAGAGCGUGGUCGAGGACGACGCGGAACUCGACAGUCUCGAUAGCCAUCUUGCCGACUUCCGGUCACUUCCGAGCCCAUACCGCAAUCAGGGCGUUGCUCACGCAACUCCCGUCCUGCCAGGGCACGAUGGACUAGGAUCUUUCAGGUUGGACAACAACCAGGGGAUGAUUGGAUCCGAGCUUCAGGAGCAACUCUAUGCCUUUGAGAGGUUUAAUCCUAAGCGCGUUAAGCGGAGGCGAGAGAGCCUAGAUCUAGCUCAGCUGGAGAUGGAGCAGCAAGAGUCGUCUCAAGAGGCCGAGAAGAACCGCAGGAUAGAGGCAUGGCGGUUAGAGCAAAGCCAGUUCUUGUUGGAUAAGAUACGGAAAGAGACGAGGCAGCGUCGGCAAUCCGAGGCUUCGAUCCAGAAGCUUCGGUCGGAUAGGAACGCCGCCGACGAGCUCGCAACCCUGGGCGCUAUGGGUGAGGCUGCGCAUGAAACACAGUUCAACGGGGACGACUGGCAUGAUCAAGAUGCUUCUGGAUCACUCGCCCUGGAAGACGGACUCUGGAGUCGAAUCACCCGUAAAGUGAUUCGUGACUUGAUGGGCAUUGAUGAUCACCUCCUUUCCAUCCUUUUCGGCGAGGCUCUCACAGACGAGCUCCCGGGCGAAGAUGACCUCUCAUCCACGCCUAAGGCAUCUGCGAUACCGCCAACCGCCACCCCCGCCGCGCGCGAGUUAGAGUCACACGAUGAUUCGACAUGGCAGCUGCGCAUACUGGAGCGGGUGGCUCGAGAGCUUGGCCUCCUCGUCCACCGCAUGUCGACCCACCCGGGCGCAUUCUCAACCUAUGUACGAAUGCAGCAAGCGCCAAUCCCGUACGCUGGAUUGCCCGUCAUCCCGGAAGCAGCAAUCGACGCCAACGAAGCCGGUGCAAAGAUGGCUGAGGAGUCUAUACCGCUGAUGCCGGAAUUCAAACCUACACUUGCACAUCAGACCCGGCCGGUUUCUAUCCCCGGCGCCCAGUCCCCAAGCAGCCCAGAGACGAUGCCAUCCCUGAUGGGAGAGACGGGCAGUUCUGGCCCCGCAUUCACCCAGCCCGAGUGGGAGCAAGACCUCGACAUCAGGCUUGUUUUCCGAUACCUGCGAUCUCGCUUCACCUCCAACCGCUCGUCGUCGACCCCCUUCACGUCCGGCACCUCGCACCUCGCAACCUCGAGCACGCAGGAUGCGGCGGCCAAGGCUGCCAGGGUCCGCCAGCACCACCCGCUCGUGUCCCACUCACACCCGCACCAGCGGGCCCGACCGGUCGAACGGAGGCCGUUCAAGGCAGUAGCCAGCCCCUCCAGCCCCGCGGCGCUGAGGCACCACGCGCCCGGGAGCUGCGCAAGCCAGAGCACCAGGCGGUCGGCCAGGCGGAGCUCCGUGUCGUCGAGGCACUCGUCGCGGCACUAUUGGGACAUUGGCGGGUCGAUCGGCACGGGGAGCAUGAUCGCGAGCACCGGGCCGAUGGGGAGCUGGGGGGAGGUUUGAGGUUUCAAGUGAGGUGGACAAGAUACCCGUGCCGAGUCGAGGAUGACGGGCCAUUAAGUGUACUAUUAUUGCUGACUUGCUGCAUUUUCUUUCUCCGGCGCUGGAAGCGGUAUGUUUUGGGUCUUUUUAUGGC